AUGUUGUUCCCUUGGAUACAUAAUCGCGCCGGUACGACGGACAGUCCAGCGGCGGAUUCCAGUGGUGUUGUCGCGGAUGAAAAGAAAGAGAAGGAUCGGGAUGCCAAAGUCGCGUGUUCGUCUGUCGAUUCAACGUCCGAGUCGCUGCUGCAUGAGCCUGCUUCGUCGGUACCACCACCAUCGUCGGAGCCACCACGCCGGGAACGUGUCACGACCUGGGGAAACGAUAGUGUGCAGGGAAGCCGGUUCGCGCGAUGGGAUUGGCGGUCCAAAGCAAAGUGGAAGGUUCGUUGGACUUGGGUGUUCCACGACGCCUGCUUGAGUACCUGGGACGCGAUGAAAUGGGUUGGAAAGACGACGAAGGAUGCGCCUGUGUGGAAACACGUGCGCUGGAGCAAGAAGCAGUUUUACGCGUUUUGUCUCGUGGUCAUCUGGGUUGUCCUGCCUAUGACGUUGAUCAGCUACUUGACUCCGUUUACCUCCAUCUUUGCAGAUAAAACGCUGAGCUGCGGAGACAGCUUCUACGGGCAGCCUCAGAAUGCUACCGUGACGGGGAUUGAAAAGCUGUUUGCGCUCGACGCGACGUUUGGUCGGUUCUCGUUUUCCCAGGUCAAAGCCAUUGACGUCUUGUGGGAUUUACUCGUCGGCAAGGGCGCGCAGGCUCUGGCGUGGUGGGCGAGUUACAAUGUGUUUUGCGACGCGCUGCUCCGGGCGAUUGAGCGGCAUCCAGCGAGUUUUGAGAUUUUCCAGAGGAUUGGGAAUGAGGGACCCGGGCUGCAUUCCUUGUGGACGUUGACAAAGGAGCUGUGGAAUGCGAAGAGCGCGAGGACGAGAGCGCUCUUCUUCUACAUGUUCUGGUCUACGGGGUACGUGUUGCUUGUGCCUAUUGUGCUGGGCGCUAUGACGGGUUAUGACAGCACGAGCAUUGCGUGGAUUGACCUCGAAGGCGAGAAUAACAUCAUCCCGGCAAGUGAACUACACCAAACCUGGGCCCUGGUAGGCACAAAGAACGAAACGUUCAAGACAACAGCAUGUGUAGACUGGAAGGCACGAGACGACUAUCUUUACAUGCAAGACCAACGAGAACACAAAUGUGACUGCCAGUUCCCCAACGGUACCAUAACCACCGCCGACGAGCGAUACAAAUGGCUUUCGAGCCAAUACUCCUACUACUACUAUUCUUACUCUAGUCCCUCUUAUGCAAACUGCUCCUACACGUACCCCAACAACACACAAACCUUUACCGAUGCCGCCGCGCGCUCCUUCAUAAAUACGCAAUACGUCAGCGCAGACGACACCUAUGCCUGCAACGCCACAAUUUCUAUCCCCAUCAACGGAAAGCAGUACGACGCGUCCAACCUCGUCGGCGAUUUUGGCUACUGCUACAACGGCGUAGGAUACAACUACAGCUACCUGACCGACAAGAGCCGGUGCCUGCCCGACACGGCGAACCCGAGCUACCAGUGGGGCUUCGCGACACUCAUGUCUGGCCUAUUUAUCCUCGUCACGGCCAUCUGGACGCUGAGCAUGUAUGUGCUCUGGCAGGAUGCGCAGUUUAAUUGUAAGCUCGUCAAGGAGGGCUACCGACUCACGCCUUUGCGGGCGGCGUUUGCGAUGGCGGUGGCGGCGCGGCGGCGCACGGGACUGGGUGGGAAGGAGCUUGUGAGGGCGAAGAAUGCGGGGUUGGAGAGGGAGUUGUAUGGCAAGAAGGGGACGCGGGGGACGGUUAUUGAGGGUCAUUUGUUUGUAGAGAAUGUGGAGGAUGAGGGGAGGGAGGAAGAAGAGAGGAAUAAGAGGAAAGAGUGGAUGAUGCAAACGCCGGUGGAGACGCCGCUGUCGCCGCUUACUCCGGCGUAUACUUCGUCGGGUAAGGAGAAACAGUGGCCGUUGUCUCCUUCUUCGACGACUGUGGGAGACCACGAGAUUAGGCCGUUGGUACGGUCGGAUACGGAUAUUUCAUUUCACGUCUUGGAUGACGAGGAGUUGAGGAAGAGGUAUUUGAGGGGGGUGGAGGAGGCGAGGUUGAGUCGGAAACCGCUGAGUAGGGAGUCGACGUGGGUUGAGGAGAGCAUGUGGGAGAGUAGUCCUAGGUUACCACGGUACGAUGAACGGAGUCCGGAUGGUGGCUCGGAUGGUGUCGUUCGGGAUGAUGAGAAAACUGCGGAGGCAGAUGGGUGCGAUGAGCGACAGGGGAGCAAAGAUAGAAAGGAAAGGGCUAGGUUGAAGAAGAGUAGACGGCCUGAUUAA